AUGGAUUUAAACAAAAUUUUAAUGCAUUUAAACAAGAAAAAUCCAUCACCGGUAGACAAUGAUACAAUCAAAGUGGAACCUAUGGACGUUUCUACAAGUAUGGAAGAUGACAAGCCACAAACUCAUAUGCCGACAACAUAUACAGCUUGUCUUCAACGUCGACAAUAUUGUUUUAUUAUUUUUAAUAAUCCAAAAUGGUCUCAAAUUGUAAAAAAUAAAUCAUCGACCACAACAAGCCAACGAGCACCCACAGUUAAACAAGAGCCUGUACAACCUCAAGGAGCACAAGCAACAUUUGAUUGGCCUACACAAAUAUUUGUUAAAAGUGAAAACUAUGAUUCAAAACUCGAUGAACAAUUCGUCGCAAAAUUACGACAACUCAUCGAUGAAUAUAUGAAACAUACAUCACGUCCAUUUCCAUUAAAAUAUUUUCUUCACCUCACUGAUGAAUAA